UACUUUCGUCCAAGUUAAUUUUUUUCCUGCGUUCAGUGGAACACUCUUUCAGAAAGCUUCAUUAUUUUCAUGACCGGGAUACGGAGUCUUUGAGACUAUAAAAUGGCAGAAGGAGGCGGAAUGGUUUUGGAAGGAUUUUUAUGUCCGGUUUGUAAAGCAGACUUGGGCACUGCAGUUAAACUCUUGUCUCAUUUUGAGAAAGAACAUAAUGAGGACAAAGACGUAUUACAAGCUUUUAAAGAUUUGUUUGGUAAAGCCAAAAAGAAAAUACUGAAAAAUGAAGGCUUGCCAUCUGGGGAUUCAGAUGUUUCCACCAAAUCUCGAAAAGUCAUUGGGUAUUCUCCAAGUUUGUAUGAACCCCAGUGUAUUGGAGCUAUUCGCUCUCACACAAAGUUAUUUGCCUCUGUUCGUAGCCAGCAUUUAGAGCACUAUACUGUAGAGACUAAUAAACUGCUCAUCCGUCUUGAUAAGAUUCUGAGAGAUCUACCUUCAGACCCUCUGAAGAGAAAAGCACAUGAACAAGAAGUUGUACCUUGGGUGGAUGAGAAGAUGGUGCGCCUCUGCCCCAGUUGUAGUAGAUCCUUCCAUUUGGCGAGAAGAAAGCACCAUUGUCGUCUUUGUGGUUUUGUUAUGUGCAAUGACUGCAGUUAUUCGUUAAACCUUGAUGUUGCCCGUAAAAUGACAAGCCCUAUCACCCAGGCUGAGGCAUCAAGUGACACCCAUGGUUCAUCUGUGCCUACUCCAAAAUUAAAACGAUCAAACUCUAGCUCUAGUUUGAAUUCAGUAUUGUCCUUAGUAGAGGGAGUCCACCAAAUAGACACAGGGUUGCGUGUUUGUAAUGAUUGUUUAAGACUCCUUGAAAGCAGGGAGGCUCUGAGGGAGAGUAGAACAGCACGCCCAAUCUUACUUCAGUUUUAUGAGCGACUAAGAAGUUACAUGCAAGAUGCCAAUCAAUUACUUCCAACUUAUAUUUUAAUGUGCAACUCUCUCAGCUGUGGGGAACCUACUUAUCAGCUGAAAGAGGCACAGACAUUGUGGGGAAAGUUGCUUCGAUUAGCAGAACACAUCGACUCUCUUAGCAAAAAGAUACUCGUCUUAGGUAGUGCUGACACUGAAAAUCCACCCAGGGGCAGAGCAUUACUUCUGCAGCAACAAAUACGAGCUGCAGCCACUGCAUUUUUACGUAAUGAGAUGCUAGGACUUCCAACAUUGCCUACAGAAGCAAAGUACUUAGAGAUGCAGGAACAACGCAGGCAGGAGCUUAAAGCUCGCAUACAACAGGAGCAAAUGGAGGCAAUGGCCUCAAUGCAGGCUCAAAAACAGAAAAUUAGAGAAAGAGGCCAAGAGCCAAGUAGAAUUACAUACACCAAGGAUCGGGAUAAUGUUCACCAAGAUACUGUCUUACUAGAUGCGGGAUGGACACCAGACACAGCUCGACUUUUCAGUACAGAUGAUCCUAUGGUGCAGCAAAUGAAUAACCUUAAGCAUUACAUAAAAGAGGCAAAAUUAGCUCAUAAGGUAGACGAAGUUGAGGCCCUUGAACGUAAUCUUGAAGAAUUGCAAGAGGAAUACUGGAGACAGCAAGAACAGAAACGGCAAGAAAGUGAUAGCUAGUCAAAUAAUUUCAUAGUGUAUAUAGCUGGUUACAAAAGUUAUUGAGUUUGGUGCUAUGUUGUUAAUUCAUUAUCAAUACUUGUGAAGUACACUGAAACAAGUGUACUUAUUGCCUAGGUCUCUCUUUGCUAAUUAAAGUCAAUCAAUUCUAUUGUACAGUUGAUCCUGCAACAUAUUAAUUUUCUGUAAUUAUGUCUUAUUCAUGUAUUGCAGUGUUGUAUAUUAAAACUAGGCUCAUUGGUAUUCCUGCUUACUAGAACAUUUUUCUAGGUGAGAAAUGAAUGUAUGCUGGGCUUUGAUUCUUAACAAUUCUUUCAUGUCUAGUGGGUUCUACAUUCUCCUUCAACUUUGAUUCAUUUUGGUUGUAACUGAACAUUUCUUUUUGACCAUGAAUGCCUUUAAAUACCUAGUUUGUGUAAUUGAAAGAAAAGGGAAAGAAAAAAUAUAUGCAUAUCAUUAUUUUUAACCAUUUCUAA